CUACAGCGCUGGCAUCAGCGCGUGCGAGAAAGGCGAGCAGUGGCAGCGGGCUCUGGCGCUGCUCAACGAGAUGCAGGGUGCCAAGAUGGAGCCCGACGUCAUCUUCAGCUACAGCGCUGGGAUCAGCGCGUGCGAUAGGGGCGAGCAGUGGCAGCGCGCUUUGGCGCUGCUCAUCGAGAUGUUGCAAGCGAAGUUGGGCUCCGACGUCAUCAGCUACAGCGCUGUGAUCAGCGCGUGCGGGAAAGGCAACCAGUGGCGGCGAGCUCUGGCGCUGUUGAGCGAGAUGUGCGAGGCCGAAUCGAAGCCCAAUGCCGUCAGCUACAGCGCCGGAAUCAGUGCGUGCGAAAAGGGCGACCAAUGGCAGCGGGCCCUUGCACUGCUCAACGGGAUGCGGGAGGCCAGGCUGGAGCCCAACGUCAUCCACAGCUACAAUGCUGGGAUCAGCGCGUGCGGGAAGGGCGAUCAGUGGCAGCGGGCUUUGACGCUGCUUAGCGAGAUGUGGGAGGCGAACUUGGAGCCUGACGCCAUCAGCUACGGCGCUGGGAUCAAUGCGUGCGAGAAGGGCGGUCAGUGGCAGCGGGCGCUGGCGCUUCUCGGCAAAAUGUGGGAGGCGAAGGUCGAGACUAACACCAUCAUCUACAGCGCUGCGAUCAGUGCGUGCGAGAAGGGCGAGCACCCAUUCGUGUGUGUAGAGCACUCUUUCGCACCUUUGAUGGUAUAUAUCAGCUGCAACGCUGGGAUCAGCGCGUGCGAGAAGGGCGAGCAGUGGCAGCGGGCUCUGGCGCUGCUCCGCGAGAUGCGGGAGGCGAGACUGGAGCCCGACUAA